AUGGCAUCCCAAACAGACAUCAAAGUUGCCUCUCUGGCGGCCGGCUUCACGCUUGGCUUUGGGUUCCUCACGGUCUGGGAGGCUAUCAAGCAGACGCGCAGGAACCGCAACCCCCUGCGCAGCACGUACAUCUACAUGAUGUGGGGCGAGAUUCUCGCCAACUUAGCCAUUGGCAUCAUAGGCUGGCUGUUCUUGGAUGGAACCUUGGGGCCAACGGUUCCCGUGCUCUUCUUCAUUCUCUUCCUCUGGGUCUUUGAGAUCCAGCUCCUGAUGCAGAUCAUCAUCAACAGAAUUGCAGUCAUCGCCGAGAACCAGAAAACAAUCCAGUGGAUGAAAUGGGGCACCGCUGUGACCAUUACGAUUAUCAACAUUGCCGUCUUUUGUAUCUGGAUUCCAGCACACACCGUCCCGCCUGUGAGCCAAACUUAUGUGGAAAUCAACAAGUACUGGGAUCGCAUGUCCAAAGUACUCAUCUUGAUUGUCGACGCAGGCCUCAAUUGGUUCUUUAUCCGAACCGUCAAGACCCGACUGUUGCAACAGCACGGGUUGGCCAAGUACAAGCCUUUGGUUGGCUUCAACUCCAUGCUGAUGAUCCUCUCCAUCGUCAUGGACGUCAUGCUCAUUGGUCUCAUGUCACUCCCGAACCAGGUCGUCUAUGUCCAGUUCCACCCAGUCGCCUACAUGGUCAAGCUGAACAUCGAAAUGUCCAUGGCCUCUCUGAUCACGCGGCUGGCAAAGAACCAAGAUCCAGAGUUCAGGCUCAACUCCCUCACGUACUCUCAAGAUCAACACACGCACACGGGUCACAAUCGUGGCCAUAAGGACCAGGGCAUAGAUGCAAAGAGCCACCACCACAAGGCCAGCGUGCAAACGAUGCGGUUGGGCAAGGAAUCCGAGGCGAUGAAAGAUGGUACCCCCGGAAUUCAUAAGAGGUUCGAUGUGAACGUUACAGUAGAACGUCCUGGAUCUUCCUCAACAAAUGAGGGGCAGGGUGACGAGGGGCAAAACACGAGCACCUUUCAAAGAGUCGGCGAUGAGGUGCCCCUGACAACGAAUGCCUGGUCCCCCACCACCAAGAAGCGCUGA